CUCCCCCUUCUCCCCCCUGUCCCCAUCUUCUCCCAGGGCAGCAGCGUUGCGGGGCUGUGCAGGCAGCAGGAGCAUGGGGAAGGCAUGGCUCACCGGGAGGGAAGGAGUGGGACUGAGCACCAUGGCCGUGUAGCCAGCUGCGGGGUGCAGACAGCCAGCACCAUGGGGCUGUGUCACAGCAGCCCCUGUGUCACCCAGACCUCAGCAGGGGGGUCGGACCUGACAUGUGGCUCCUCGGCAGCGCAGCUUCCUGGCCAUCCUUGCCCGAGUCGCUGCCCGUGGAUUUAUCUGCCUUUGAGGUCGAUAAGUGCCAGCCCCCGGGCUGCUAUGGCCCCCUCCCCUCUGUGCCUGCUGCCAACAAGGGCAUUCGAUAGCAGCCCCACUGCUAAUGGCUUUGUGACCGAGGCUUCGCAGCCUCCCCGCAGGCACGCUCCCCACGGUAGCAUCACGCUGGGCCUGGCCAAGGGACCCAGCUUUGGCACAGGGACGGUGAUACAAAUCAGUGCUGGGCUCUCAGCUGCCACCAGUGCUGCCAUUUAUGCAGCCUCUGGGCCCUGCACCCCCUCAUCUCCCCAGAGCCGUGGCACGCUGGUGUCGGUCCGGGGGUCCGGGUGGCAGUGCCCCUGUGCAGGGCUCUCUCCCUGCCUUCCCCCGGCUCAGAGCUGAGCGGGUGGAAAGGGAACAGAGGUCAGGGGAGCGAAGGAGCGGCUUGAAAUGGCUCUUCGCACAUUUGGAUGAGCUAAUGGGAAAAAACAGUGGAAGGCAAAUAAACAUUAUUGUUUCAUGUCAGGCGGGGAGGAGACAAAAGGUCACGGGCUUCCCUUGUGAUGGUAGGAAACGGCAGCAUCAGCAGGGCUGGAAAGAGCUGGAGAGCCAAGGCAGAGCGCGGGUAUGUGCACGGGGCGCGUGCGUGCUCACACGUGUGUGUGGGUCUGUCUGCGGGUCCAGGGGCUGCUGCUUCUGCGGGUGGGAGUUCCCGGGGCAUCAUCCCCCAGUGCCACCCGCGUCCCUGGUCCUUUCGACCUCAUCUCCUGUGCCACGGCCCCUGGCCUUCCCUGCCAUGCGGUGCAUCCGGAAUCGGCUCGAGGAGCUGCCCUGGGACCGGCAGGGCUGGGACUCGCACACGGCAGACACCGGGUGGAAAAGCCUGAGCCUGUUGACCGGAGCUCAUGAGACCCGGGUUGUGGAGGCCAGCACCCUUCAACAGGAGAGGCUGCAGGCCAUCGCGGAGAAGCGGAAACGUCAGACAGAGAUCGAGAACAAAAGGCGGCAGCUCGAGGAUGACAGGCGGCAGCUGCAGCAUCUCAAGUCCAAGGCUCUGCGGGAGAGAUGGCUGCUGGAGGGGGCCCCAGCCUCAGCCUCCGAGGAGGACGAGGCCAUGAAGAAGCAGAUGCAGGAGGACGAGGUGAAGACCAAGGAGCUGGAGGAAACCAUCCAGAGGCUGGAGAAGGAGCUGGAGACGCUGGAGAACGGCAGCUCGGCAGCUUCCACCAGGGAGAACCUGGCAGAGGUGGCAGCGCCAGCCAAGGAGGAGAAGGCAGAGCCCAUCCCCAACACACAGAAGAGUCCCCUGGGCACGGUCAAGGCCGAGAAGGUCUCCAGCAGCCCCAUGAAGGCGGUGGAAGGCACUGACAUGAUGAAGGCAGCCAUGUACUCGGUGGAGAUCACGGUGGAGAAGGACAGAGUGACUGGGGAGACCAAGGUCCUGUCCAGCACCACCCUGCUCCCCCAGAACCACUGUCUGCAGGGGGUCAAAGUGUACGAGGAUGAGCUGAAAGUGGUGCACGCGGUGAGCGCCGAGGAUGGGGCCCUGCAGAACGGGGCGCACCCCCUCAGCUCCUCCGAGGUCGACGAGCUCCUGCACAAGGCAGAUGAGGCCACCCUGAGCGAAGCCACUGGGCGCGAAGCCCCGGCCAAGGUGGGCGAGGGGGCCGGCAGCAGCCCAGCCAGCCAGAAGCCAACGCCGCGGCGGGAGAUCACGGGGCUGCAAGCCAAACCACGGGAGAGCACGGUGGUACUGCCGCCGGGAGAGGGGACGGAGCCCAGCCGUGAGCAGCCCGUCACCAUGAUCUUCAUGGGCUACCAGAAUGUGGAGGAUGAGGACGAGACCAAGAAGGUGCUGGGGCUGGAGGGCACCAUCAAGGCCGAGCUGGUGGUGAUCGAGGACGCCGAGAGCAAGCCAGAGCCGGCGCACAAGGACCACGCGCCGCCCAAUGGCACCGCGCUGGAGCCCGCGGCCGCCCAGCCGCCCGGUGAGGAGAGCCCGGCUGGGCAGAAGCCGGGUACCAACGCCACAGACGCCAAGGAGGCCGAGCAGGAGACGGACGUGAAGAAGCAGCGCUGCAAGUGCUGCACGGUGAUGUGAGCCCCGCCGGCCCCACGCCACCACCAGAGCAGGCUGCCCCCGCCGAGCCCCCUCCGCCCCGGCCCCCGCUAGCCAGGUCCACCGCCCCGGCACGCCGGGCUCCCUCCCCCACCGGACACAGACCCUCUUUCUGCAGAACCGGGGAGACCCAACACGGCGCCUGCGAAGCCGCAGCGGGCAGCAGCGAACCGCGGCCGUGGCAUUGCUCACCCCACCUGCCCAACGCCCGCCCCACGCCGCACCCCACCAGCGCUGCCUGUGAUAUUUAUUAGAGACCCCCCCUCGCCCCACGGCACGCACGCCCCCCACCUCACCCUGUGCUGGAGCCCUCCUGCUGCCGACACCGGAGCCUUUCCCUCCUCUCACCGGCAGCUGCCCACCCGCCACCGGGCCAGGCUGGGGGAUCGGAGGACGCCGCUACGUCCGUAGAUGACUCCCGGUGGCCAGCGGGACCCGCACUUGGCCCAGCCCGCAGCAGGCACGGAGCCAGCCCCAUGCCAGCCCCUCUAUCUGCAUCUCCAUCAUCCGCUUCUCCUGCAGGGAAAGGCCCUGGGCUGUCCCCCCUCCGGCUGCCCACGGAUGUCCCCACACCAUCCCAUGUCCUUGUCCCCACGCCCUUGGGCUCCCCAAGCCGUGAGCCCCUCCAGGAUGGAGCGUGUUCAGGCAAGGGAAGGGUGUUGAGGGCAGCAUCCCCUCCGUGAUGCUCGGCCGCAAUGGGAGCUCACAGGGGGCCGUGGGCCACACGCGGCUGCCAUGGGGCAGCCCCAGCCUGUCCCCAGGGCUGCGGGCAGGGGACCCUGCUCUGCUCACUGGGGCUCAGCCCCCCACGCAGGAGCAUCUCGCCCUGGUGCUUGAGGUGACGGCUGCCACCGUCCAGGUACCAAUGCCGCGGGCUGCCGCACCGGUGUCACUGGGCUCUGCCAGCUGAGGGUGCUGAGCGGUGCUGUGGCCAGGCACCCGUGUCCUCCUGGGGCAACGUGGAUGGCGAUGGCAGUGAGGGAAGGGGAGCUGGGGGGGGCCAGCCCCAUGGGGAAGGGGAUGGUGUGGUAGCUCCCGUGCCUCCUUGCAGCAGCGGGAGGGGGUCCAGCACCGCAUCCCCCUCCUGCCUCUGCUGCUUGGCGGCAGCAGCUUUGCAGAGCCGCUUUCCGGGGCCCCGGGCUGCAGUGUCAGGUCCCCCAGGCCAGCGAGUCAGCCCAGUUCACCCCAGGCGCUGGGACUAGGAGCUGCUGGGGGUCCGGUGUCCCACAGAGGGUGUCCCCAAGAUGCUGUGUCCGUGUUGGGACUGCGAGUAGCCUCCCCCACUCCCCCCACCCCAUGCCCCAGCCCUUCAGCGGGGAUUUCACCACCAGCACCAGCGUUUUCUCCCCACUGAGACCCGCUGGGGCAGGCGGGGAGGGUGGGGGCCCCACGGCAGCACCCAUGGGUGCUGAGCGCUGCCCAAACCCUGAGCACUUCUGCCACAGCAGCUGAUACAUCUCAUGGGCAUCGGGCACGUGGCUCCGACUGAGCCCACCUCAGCGCCUGGCGGGGCUGGGGGACACAGUCCGGCCCUGCCCCAGCACCGGGCUGCCCCGGGGGCGUCCCAUCUCCUGCCAGCCCUGUCCCAGACAUGCCGGGACUCGGAGCCCCAUGUGCAGCCCCAGGACGGGGUUGCUUUUGGCACCUGGAGCCCCACGGCUGCUGCCCCGAGCCAGCUGUGGCUGUGCUGGUGGCGCCCAGUCCCCGUGCAUGGGGGGCACAGGGGCUUUGGGCAGGGUGCAGCCAGCUGGGAACGCGGUCCCAGCCAGCCAGUGUGGGGGUCCUUGUCUGAGUGCCAGCGGGUCACCGCUGCUGUCCCCAGGGACCCACCAAGCCCCCCGCAACGCGUGUGCGGAGCAGCCCUGGCUUUGCCCAGCCCGCCACAACGUGUGUGGUAGAGCAGCCAGGGAUGGGGCUCAGCCCCCCAAGGCCUUCCCUCCCUCCCCUCCCCCUUGUGUGAGCAGUGACACCCCCUCCAUGACAUCCCAGUUGCCCCCCAGUUACCACCUGGGCUGCGGUUUUCCCCCCAGUGGGGUCACUGUAGGGGGAGGGGAGAGGUUGGGGGCUGCGGGGGGCUUGUGGUGCUGCUGUGGCAGUCCUCUUCCUCCUUUGGGGACCCCGGCCCCCAGAGCCUCUGCGAGAGGCAGAGCUGGGGAAGGGAGGGCAGGGGGCUGGGGUCAGCCACCCCGGGGGCAAGGGGAGGCAAUGCCGCAGAGCGGGGGGCUGGAUGCCGUGGGGCCUCUGCCCCAUCAAUCCCGGGGGGCUGCGUUAGGGCCAGGUCCCUAGUGGGGCUGCAUGUCACCUCCUGCCACCCCCUCACUGGGGGCCAGAACCACUCUCCCCAUCCCACCCUGGGUCUGCAAUCCCCCACCAACCCCCAGCUGGGGCCCAUUCCCACCCUUAGCACCCACUGCCCCUCGGUUGACUUCGGCCCCAGCCCCCGGCCCCCAGCAGUGGGCAGCAGGGUCAGGCCCCCCGGGCUGGCCGGGGCCGAGCAGAAGCGGGGAGCCCAGCCGUGCCCCCCAGCCCUGUCCCAGCCAGCCCCCGCCAUCCCGCCUGGCUCCGCUGAAGUGCACUUCCCGCGCUCCCGUGCUUUUCACUUGUGCCGAAGCCGUUUGAAGUUCUCCCCUUCCCCGUCCCUCCCGUUGUUUGUAAGACACCCAAACCGAGCAAAUAAACUGUGUGAACAACCAG